AUGUAUCUGACCUCAUCUUUCCCAGUCAUGUAUCUGACCUCAACUUCCCCAGUCAUGUAUCUGACCUCAACUUCCCUAGUCAUGUAUCUGACCUCAACUUCCCCAGUCAUGUAUCUGACCUCAACUUCCCUAGUCAUGUAUCUGACCAGUCACUUAUCUGACCUCAACUUCCCUAGUCACUUAUCUGACCUCAACUUCCCCAGUCAUGUAUCUGACCUCAACUUCCCCAGUCAUGUAUCUGACCUCAACUUCCCCAGUCAUGUAUCUGACCUCAACUUCCCCAGUCACUUAUCUGACCUCAACUUCCCUAGUCAUGUAUCUGACCUCAACUUCCCCAGUCACUUAUCUGACCUCAACUUCCCCAGUCAUGUAUCUGACCUCAACUUCCCUAGUCAUGUAUCUGACCUCAACUUCCCCAGUCAUGAAUCUGACCUCAACUUCCCCAGUCAUGUAUCUGACCUCAACUACCCCAGUCAUGUAUCUGACCUCAACUUCCGUAGUCAUGUAUCUGACCUCAACUUCCCCAGUCACUUAUCUGACCUCAAUUUCCCCAGUCAUGUAUCUGACCUCAAUUUCCCCAGUCAUGUAUCUGACCUUAACUUCCCCAGUCAUGUAUCUGACCUCAACUUCCGUAGUCAUGUAUCUGACCUCAACUUCCCCAGUCAUGUAUCUGACCUCAACUUCCCCAGUCAUGUAUCUGACCUCAACUUCCCUAGUCAUGUAUCUGACCUCAACUUCCCCAGUCACUUAUCUGACCUCAAUUUCCCCAGUCACUUAUCUGACCUCAAUUUCCCCAGUCAUGUAUCUGACCUCAGCUUCCCCAGUCAUGUAUCUGACCAGUCACUUACCUGA